AAAAAAGUUUAUUUAUAUCUUUGUUUAUAUUGUUGUUUAAAAGAUUAAUUUACGCACUUCCUAAUGAAAUGGCAUCUGCUUUAGAGCAAUUUGUGAACAACGUUAGGCAUCUUUCCACUCAUGGAAACUUUAGGGAACUUUGUGAGUUUUUAAACAAAUCCAACGAAGUACUGUUAAAAAAUACGCAACACUUGGAUAACGUGUUAGAGACUCUUAAUGUGCAACAGCAUUCUCUAGGAAUAUUGGCCGUGUUGUGUGCUAAAUUCAAUGCAGCUGGUGGAGGAUCUACACCAGACAACCGCUACACACAAGUCCAAGAGUUUAUUGUGGGGUGCAAUGGGGAACAAAUAAGAUUUGCGCCAGAUUCAUUUUCAGAAUUAUGUCAUCUAUUCACCAAUUAUUUGGUAGAGUUAAAACAACCUGUAAGGGGGAUUGUUCUUCUUCAGAAAGCAAUAUCCAAGUUAAGAUUGUAUGAUUCUCAAUUAACCUCAAUCCAUGCUGAUUUAUGUCAAUUAUGUUUGCUGGCCAAAUGCUUUAAGCCAGCUUUAGAAGUACUAGAUAUAGAUAUUACAGGAGUAUGUCAAGAGAUUGCACAUAGUCCAAAUGGUCCUCAAUUUGAUGCAAAAUAUUUUCUAUUGUAUUAUUACUAUGGGGGUAUGAUUUACUUAGCUGUAAGGAAUUUAGAUAGGGCUCUAUACUUUUUUGAAGUAGCCAUUACCACACCAGCUCAUGCUGUGUCACAUAUUAUGCUAGAAGCUUACAAAAAGUAUAUUCUUGUCUCGUUAUUACUAAAUGGAAAGGUUCAACCUGUACCUAAAUAUGCUUCUCAGGUUGUGACAAGGUUUAUGAAACCUUUAUCUCAACCCUACCAUGAUUUAGCCAAUGCUUUCACUAUGAAUAACACUACCGAAUUAAACAACGUACUUAGUAAAAAUACCGAGGUAUUUACAAGAGAUCACAAUUUGGGUUUAGUAAAACAAGUUUCUUCAGUACUAUACAAAAAGAACAUUCAAAGACUGACAAAGACAUUUUUAACAUUAAGUUUAUCUGAUGUUGCAAGUCGAGUAGGUUUACCAAGCCCUUCAGAUGCAGAAAGACACAUACUAAGUAUGAUUGAAAACCGACAAAUCUUUGCAACUAUUAACCAAAAAGAUGGUAUGGUGGUGUUUAGAGAUGAACCAGAUAAAUUUGGUGGUCCUGAAGUACUAAAAGGGUUAGAGGAACAAUUAACACUUUGCAUGGAAUUAGAUAAGCAAAUUUUGUCCAUGGAUGAAGAAAUUCAAGUUAAUCCUCAGUAUGUAAAAAAAUCAUCAGGAAUUCAAGAUGAAGAACAGCCCAGUAAAAGUACUUAUGCAAUGUAAAAAUUUUAUUUAGUAUAUUUUGAUGUGAAAUUUAAGCCAUGUAUAUUUUGGCAAAUUAGGUAAAAAUAAAUCAAAUAUUCUAAAUUACAUGUAUUAUAAUAAAAAAUACUUUCCUUUUCAAAAUAAAACGACACAUUCAAAAUUGUCAAAAU